CUGGUUCGCGAAUCAUAUAGCGUCGGCUUCCGUAGCUGAAAUGAUCCUUACUACACUUUCUCCUAGGCAUUUGUCUUACAGUUAAUUUCAUUUCCACAACAAACCCAUAAUUUAAUCCGAGUUAGACAUAACUACAAUCGGAAACACAGAGCAAUGGACUGAAACACGACAGAUUAGCUUAAGCGAAUCCACUGUUAAGGACAUUUAACGUACGUUAAUCUGUCAUGGUUGAUAGUUAGCACGUACGCUAUCAGGGUAUAGCUCGUUAGCGCAGCAAAUAUCGCUUUAUUUGAAAGUGUGUUUCAGGUUAUUUCAGCGAUAACAAGAUCAGCUACAAUGUGAAAACUCGCACACGAAGAACUGCGAUCUUCACUGCAGCCGCAGACGAGCUCGCCACAGUUGUGUCGAAGUUGGAAAUACGGAAAUAACAGCCGUUUAUGGCCCACAUUAAUAUCAAUUAACAGCAAGUUCGUGUGUUGAUUAUUUCGCGUGUCGUCGCCUUGUUUUGAAAGUGUAUGGCUGUGCGCGCGCGCCUAUCAAAAGUGGGGAUUAAUAUUUAGGUCGUGCGCGAAGAUUAGUGUUCACAGCAGGAUGUCAAAGGGAUUUGUGAGCUGAAAAAAUAACAAAAACAAAAACAUGUCAUCCUCCCUGUCAUAAAGCAAAGUUUCGCUUUAUCACAGAAGUCCGACGUUUUCUGUAGGUAAUAUAGAUGUUUGUGGGUUACAAGAGCAGGCUGUCAAAAUCUCUUUCCUGAUCAAAUCAAAUACUCUAGAAAUCAGACAUCAUGUCAGGGGACAGUAGUGGUAGUAGUGGCGAGGACUCCGAUCGAGAAACCCGCCGCAAAGUUUGCACCGUAAAACACGAGAUCACUAAUGCAAACCUCACAGGAUACACUGAGAAAGUUGGCAUGGAGAACUUUGAACUUCUCAAAGUGCUUGGCACAGGAGCUUACGGGAAAGUGUUUUUGGUCCGAAAAAUCAGCGGCCAUGAUAAAGGCAAACUGUACGCCAUGAAGGUGCUAAAGAAAGCAGCCAUCGUUCAGAAGGCAAAGACUGCGGAGCACACUAGAACCGAGCGACAGGUAUUGGAGCACAUCCGCCAGUCCCCCUUCCUGGUCACCCUCCAUUAUGCCUUUCAGACGCAAACCAAACUGCAUCUCAUACUAGACUAUGUGAGCGGAGGAGAGAUGUUCACACACCUCUAUCAGAGAGAUCAUUUCUCAGAGGAUGAGGUGAGGAUCUAUGUGGGGGAGAUUAUUCUGGCUCUGGAGCAUCUGCAUAAGCUUGGCAUUGUGUACCGAGACAUUAAGCUGGAGAACAUUUUAUUGGACAGUGAUGGUCAUGUGGUUUUGACAGACUUUGGGCUGAGUAAGGAGUUUCUGGAGGAGGAGAAAGAGAGGACUUAUUCAUUCUGUGGCACUAUAGAAUACAUGGCACCUGAGAUUAUCAGAGGGAAGUCUGGCCAUGGCAAGGCAGUGGACUGGUGGAGUCUGGGCAUCCUGAUGUUCGAGCUGUUGACAGGAGCAUCUCCGUUCACUCUGGAGGGAGAGAGAAAUUCCCAGAGCGAGGUGUCCAAACGCAUCCUUCGUUGUGAGCCUCCAUUUCCUUCCAUCAUCGGACCCUUGGCUCAAGAUCUCCUGCGGAAGUUGAUAGUGAAAGACCCUCAUAAGAGGCUGGGCUCUGGGCCUCGAGGAGCUGAGGAGAUCAAGGGUCAUCCUUUCUUUAAGGGUUUAAACUGGUCAGACUUGGCAGAGAAAAAAGUCCAGAGUCCCUUCCGCCCUGAACUGCGGGAUGAGCUGGAUGUGGGAAACUUUGCAGAGGAGUUUACAGGAAUGGAGCCGGUUUAUUCCCCUGCCAGCACACCGCCUAGUACAGACCGUCUGUUUCAGGGCUACUCUUUCGUGGCUCCUUCGAUCUUAUUCAAUAAGAAUGUGGUGAUGGCGGAUGUUUUGGAUGCUCAUGUUAACGUUGACCGGCCUGGUUCUGCUACAGUCCAGCGUAGUGCAAUGCUGAAGGAGUCUCAGUUUUUCCAGCACUAUGAGCUGUGUCUGCAGGGGUCUCCACUGGGUGAGGGCAGUUUCUCAGUCUGCAGGAAGUGCAGACACAAGCAGAGCGGUCAGGAAUACGCUGUGAAAAUCGUUAGUCGAAGGAUGGAGGCCAUGACUCAGAGAGAGAUCGCAGCUCUACGCCAGUGUGAAUCUCACCCAAACAUUGUCACGCUCCAUGAGGUCUAUACUGAUCAGUACCAUACGUAUCUGGUAAUGGAGAUGUUGCGUGGUGGAGAGCUGUUAGAGCGAAUCAGGAAAAGGAAGAUGUUUGCAGAAUGGGAGGCCAGUCAGCUGAUGAAGAGCCUGGUGUCUGCGGUCAGCUACAUGCAUGAGGCUGGAGUUGUGCACCGAGACCUCAAACCGGAGAACGUGCUGUUCGCUGAUGAGUCGGAUGAGUCUGUGUUGAAGGUUAUUGACUUUGGCUUUGCACGGUUGUUUCCGGCGGGGAGCGGGAGUGCCCCUCUGCAGACCCCCUGCUUUACAUUGCAGUACGCAGCGCCUGAGCUCUUCCACAGCUCGGGAUAUGACCAGGCGUGUGACCUCUGGAGCCUUGGGGUCAUAUUGUACACCAUGCUCUCUGGCCAAGUUCCAUUCCAGAGUGAGAAAAAAGUUAUGACAUCAUCGCACGCUGCCGACAUCAUGCACAAGAUCAAAGAGGGCGAUUUCUCAUUGGAUGGAGAAGCCUGGAAGGGCGUGUCCGAGGAGGCCAAAGAUCUAGUGAGAGGUUUGCUAACCGUGGAUCCUGAGCGGCGGCUGAAGCUCUCGGCUCUGAAGGAGAACGCCUGGCUUCAGGGAGGCGGCGUCAUGUCCUCGACCCCGCUCUGCACCCCUGAUGUUCUGGAGUCCACCGGUCCCACCGUCCGCACUUAUGUUAAUGCCACCUACAAGGCGUUCAACCGGGGGAAGCGUGAGGGUUUUUUCCUUAAAAGUGUCGACAACGCGCCGCUAGCAAAACGGCGCAAGAUGAAAAUGACCAGUACUGGCGUGGAGACCAGACGCAGCUCGUCUUCCUCCUCUUCCUCCUCGUCCUCAUCCGCUUCCCAUUCCAAGACGCAGAAUUGCCAAUCUCUGAAUCCACACGAGGACCCCAAACUGUGAUUUUGCCUGACUGAAAAGCUGCCUUGAUGCGGUGAGAGAAUGUAUCCCAAAAGCAUUUACAGGACCUAUAGAAAAGACCUUGAUACGACAACACGUUUAUUGAAGUCUCCAAGACGAAAGCCCUGAACAGUCCGUCUUUUGGAUUUCCAAAUCAUUUUGGAGGAUUUGUAAUCAUGAUGGCUCUCUGUAAAUACAAUGCCAAGGAAAUGAUCUACAUUAUAAAAGAAAACAUGUUUCCAUUUUUAUAUAUAUAUAUACACAAAUAUAUAUAUCAUUUUAGACUGUAGAGAUUUUAAUGAAUGUAAAAAUGCUUGAUCAUGUGGUGGGCGUCCACAUGCUUUUAGACAGGUCUUGAACUGCAGAAACACGUGAAACUGAGAUCAGGGAAAGCGGGGAUAUGAGGGAAUUGUGGGCAAGAAAGCCACAAGAGAGCAAAGCCAUAUGUGAGAAUUAAGAGUGGACGUCUAUUUUAAAGAUCCACCGAGCAAAGCUUUAUGUGAAUCGUGUACAGGCUAUUUGCAUAUCACUACUUUCAGAAGUUUUCUCGAUGUUUGCAUGGCUGUAGGAUUUUAAACCUUUUACGAUUUUCAAAGUUAAGCUGUAAAGUCAGACCUCACCAGUUACAGUUCAAGUCUUGAGGAUGUCGACACUUUUGGGUGAAUCUCACAAAGUAAUGUCAGGCGUAUUUCUCCUUAAAAUCCCCCCCAAAGAACAGCGCAAACUCUCUUUUGGCAUUUAAAACUACUCUGUCUUCAUUUACUAAAGCUGCCCACUGAAACCGUAGCACUGAAAAGGCAUGGGCAAUGUGUUGCUUUACUUGCUGAAUUCCUCUUUCAGAUACAAACUUUGAAGAAUUCAUGCAAGUUGAUUUACUAAAGUAAUUUUGCAGCAGUUAACAGUGGUCAGUUUGGUUUUUACACCAUUUUUAAUACCCAAAAAAGCUUGUCUUAACCCAGUUGUGUCCUUAGUAGAUUACCAAACCCUGAUCCUCACCAUCAUCAGCUGUUUUUUGCGACCUGACGAAUGCUGCUUUAUGCGCUGUGUUGGAUGUUAUAGAAGUGAGCUGCUGUGAUUUUUCUGCCAAGAAUUUGCACAGUUUUAUGCUUUUGCGCUAAUUUACAGUUUCGCACUCGUGCUCCACUUGUACCUACAAUUGUAUUUUAAUAAAAAAUAAAAGAUAGAUGAUAGUUGCAUAUAAAAAAGCAAAAUUUUUUUGCCUUUUAAAGGGUUAGUUCACCCAAAAAUGAAAACUCACAGCCAUGUAGUUCCAGUUAAUUACUCACACCCAUGUAGUUGUAAUCCCCUGAGCUCUUCAUUUGCCUUUGAAGAUAUUUUAGAUGAAAUCCUGAAGCUCUCUCAUCCUCUAUAGAAUUCCGAGAUGUUCAAAGCCUAUACAGGAACCAAAAACAUUGUCAAAAUACUCCUUGUUCAAGUGUAAUUAUACAAAGCUCCUAGAACACUCUUGAUGACUAUGUUCACCUGUGUCUUGUCUAUAAGUGUCAUAUUGGCCAAAGUAAAUGCGAACCCUAAUCUGAUGUCAAUGAUAUAGACCAUUUUGAGGGAUGUAAACAAUAACAACGGUCCUAAUGUAUUUCCUGUUUUACAUUUUUAAUUUCCGUAGCUUCCAAGAAUUCAAAAAGGUCAACCUAUUGAUAAAUGAUGUUCUGAGAACUGUUUUAACGUUAAGUUAUGAUUGAAUUGUCUCUUAUUACAGUCAUUAUAGUUUAACAACAAGAAGGAAAUGUUCAUGGGCCAAUGACAUCACCACAUUGAAAUGAUCCUGAUGCAAAAGGGUAAAUUUUACAGGGUUUUAUUUGCUACAAAAGAGUUCUUAGAGAUUCGUAUGAUUACAGUUCAACCUCUAAAGUCCCAUUGAAUGUUUUGAGAACAUCUUUGGCACCUUUGGAAGCCCUUGCUGUCUAUGGAGGCUGAGAGAGCUCCAGGAUUUCAUCUAAACUAUCUUAAUUUGUGUUCCUGAGGAUGAUAGUAAAGAUGAUAGGCCAUAGCAAAUGCGAACUCUAAUCUGAUGUGAACGAUUUAGGACAAAAAUAAUUUCUUACAGGGGUUAUUUUGCUGCAAAAAUGUUCUUAGAGCUUCGUAUGAUUACAGUUCAACCACUGAAGUCCCAUUGAAUGUGUUGAAAACAUUUUUGGCUCUUUUUUUGGACUUUAAACAUUUCAGGACCCUCAUUGUCUAUGGAGGCUGAGAGAGCUGCAGGAUUUCAUCUAAAAUAUCUUAAUUUGUGUUCCUGAAGAUGAUAGUAAAGAUGAUAGGCCAUAGUAAAUGCGAACUCUAAUUUCACCUGAACGAUAUAGGACAAAAAAAAAGCAUUUUUACAGGGGUUUUUUUGCUACAAAAGUGUUCUUAGAGCUUCGUAUGAUUGUCGUUGAACCACGGAAGUCACAUUGAAUGUUUUGAGAACAUAUUUGACUCCUUUCUUUUGCCCUUAAAACAUCUCAGGACCCUUGUUGUCUACGGAGGCUGAGAGAGCUCCAGGAUUUCAUCUAAACUAUCUUAAUUUGUGUUCCUGGGGAUGAUAGUAAAGAUGAUAGGCCAUAGCAAAUGCGAACUCUAAUCUGAUGUUAACGAUUUAGGACAGAAAUUAUUUGUUACAGGGGUUAUUUUGCUGCAAAAAUGUUCUUAGAGCUUCCGAUGAUUACAGUUCAACCACUGAAGUCCCAUUGAAUGUUUCGAAAACAUUUUUGGCUCUUUUUUUUGGACUUUAAUUGUCUCCAAACCAUUGCUGUCUAUGGAGGCUGAGAGAGCUCCAGGAUUUCAUCAAAAAUAGUAAAGAUGAUAGGCCAUAGUAAAUGCGAACUAUAAUCUGAUGUAAACAAUAUAUGACAAGAAUAAUUUCUUACACGUUUUUUUUUGCUACAAAAGUGUUCUUAGAGCUUCGUAUGAUUACAGUUCAACCGCUUGAAGAACUAUUGAAUGUUUUGAAAACAUUUUUGGCUCUUUUUUUUGGACUUUAAACAUCUCAGGACCCUCGUUGUCUAUGGUGGCUGAGAGAGCUCCAGGAUUUCAUCUAAAAUAUUUUCAUUUCUGUUAUUGAAGAUGAUAGUAAAGAUGAUUAGAGGCCAUAGUAAAUGCAAACUCUAAUUUGGCGUGAACAAUAUAGGACAAAAAAGUAUUUUUACAGAGUUUAUUUGCUACAAAAGUGUUCUUAGAGCUUCGUAUGAUUACAGUUCAACCACUGAAUUCAUACUGAAUGUUUUGAGAACAUCUUUGGCUCCAUUUUUUGGACUUGAAAUAUCUCGGAACCCUCACUGUCUAUGGAUUCUGAGAGAGCUCCAGGAUUUCAUCUAAAAUAUCUUAAUUUGGGUUCCUGAAGAUGAACAAAGAUCUCAGGAGAUUGAAACAUGAACACGGCGGACAGUAUUUAUUAUCUAUUAUUUAUUUAUUUAUAUAUCUAUUAUAUAUCUAAAUAAUUUUUUGAGUGAACUAACCCUUUUACGACAUUGCAAUUCCACAAAACGAGUUCUCUUUUGAGGCUUUUGAAGAGAAAUAUACCUGAGACAUUCCUUCACAAUUUUCUGUGAGAUUCACCGCUGUUUUUCUGCCUCUGUGUUUUUAUUGCUUGAAGUGUGGAGAUCACGUUAUAUAUACUGCUUCUCUAGUUUACUUGACUGAGAUUUUGGAUCACCACAUGAGCCGAUGGCUUUCAAAACGAAGCCUGGUUUGCCGUUAUUUUAUCUCCGACUUUUAUCGGUGUACUUGAAACCCGACAUCCACUGCCUGUUCAACUCGACUGUAAGGGCUGAGCUUCACCAGACAGCAAUCAAUCCCUCACAUUCAAAGGGCUUUCGCUAAUCACACCUCCAAAACGCUGUAAUCGAGUGUCCCUCUUGCACUGUGAGAGAAGCUGGCAGUGGCAUCCCUUCCUAUAUUGCUCUUUUUGUUUUAUAUGAACAUCUUCACAGCCAUUAGUCUUGCAAUAUUUCGAUGUUUUAGUGUCGAGUUUUUCUGCUGUACGUGCUGUGUUUAAAUCGACCAAACAACAUUUAGCAUUCAGACUGGGCGGUGGAGUUGACGGUUUUAUUAAGACGCAAGCAGGUGUCGAAGUACCAGUAAAACACCUCCGGCUAUGUUAUAUAAACUACGCUUUUACUUUUAAGAGGUGUGACGCUGGGAGGUAUGAACAAUUUAAUGGUCAGACUGAUUUUUUUUAUUGUUGGAAUAUUAUAAUCGUUUGUUUGUGCCAAAAUAAUCAGUUAAUGGAGGAUAUUAUCGUAUGUAAUACAGGUUUGCACAUGAGAUGCACUAGUUUUUUCUUUUUUUAAAUGCCUUUGUCGUUCACAAGCGAUGCUUCGAUCUGCUUUUCAUCGAUGAAAUGGUUUCAGAACAAAAUCGGAAUCUCUGAGGGGUUUGGAUAUUUUUGGAUGUGAUUAGCAGUUACGUCAUACGGCUUUUCAAGGGAUGAUGUAACAUUGAAUACACUGAUUUUACACUAUCAUUUUUAGGCAGUUUUUUUUUGUCGCACAAAACUUGUGUCAAUGUCAAUGUGUUUUGGGCUUUAAAAACAGUAAUUUUUUUAUUUAUUUCUUUAUACUUGCUCUUUGUAUCUUUAUUUACAGUGUUAUGGCUUUCUGAUUAACGUAGUUUAGUUUCGUUUGUCUCUGUUGACUUUCGUCAGAUAGAACAAGUCGUCUGCUCUUAUAUGAUCGUGUGCACUGUGGAAGUUCUAGAAAAUGUACAAUAUUUGAUUGCCGAAUUUUAAUAGAUAUUAUUUGAAUUUUACCGUUCAAGGGUGAGCUUGCUGUGUCCGAGUGUGUUUUUGUUAGGUUUCUGAUUUGCAUGUUUUGUUUUACGUUUUUUUCCCCUCAAUCCUUCUUGAUAAAUGUCGUUCUGUCGAAAAAAAAAAAAAAAGUUUUGUAAUUAAAAACAGCAUCAUAGAGCGGAAAUGAAAUACACUGUUAAACAAAUUGAGGUGCAUUGUUGUGCGUUAAGAACAUUUGCUGAAUCCAAAGCAUAAAAUAUAAAAGUCUAUUCCACUCA